CAGACAGACACACACGCAGACAGACAGGCAGGCAGGCAGACAGACGAGAGACACCCCCGCAUAGUUUCCGUCAGCCGGGUGACGUCUCCGCCUCUCAGCCGUGUGCAGUGUGACGUUGCGGGGCUGUAGUGGAGCCUCUAGCUGCAUCUUGUUGACGGUCCGCCAGGCUUUUCCAGUACCGAGAAGACCCCGCUGGAGAGAGGACGACCGACACGGGCAGCGUUUUCAGGAAGUGGAUCAGAACAUAGAAACCUUCAGUCAUCAUCAUGCAUGUGUUCAACUACCAGAAGAUUUGUGUCAUUUGAAAAGACUAAAAGAGGAAAAAGAGACUCAGAGGAAUACAAGAACUCAGUCAUUAGACGUAAACGACAACAACCCAGUGCUUAGACAUGGCCAGCACCCAGACAAGUUUGAAAACCCCUUUCAAAGACUUGACCUCAUUCAAGGGCAACAUGAAACGGCUGUACAGAGAGCGACUGGAAGACGCGCCCAUCAAGAAGCGAGUGAUGGCAGAGAUCAACCUUAAGCGCCGCAGCUUGGAUUCCCUCCCCAAAACUCCCAAGGUGAAGAGGGAGCAGGUGGAGGAUCUGUGCCACGACUCCGACAUGGAUGUGGAGGGUCGGGCUGAACUGCAUGUGGUGGGCUCUGCCAAAGCCCUGGACCUGAGCCCUGGGCUUAAACACACACUGGCCCAGUUCACUCUGAGCAGCCAGAGCUCCCUCGGGGGCCCAGCUGCCUUCUCAGCCCGCACCGGCCACGAGCACUCGCCGGCCGGCAUGCCUCCCCUGCCCUCCCCUCCUGUCCUGGGAGGGGGCCCUCUGCUGGUUCCCUGUGACAGCUCCACUGAACUCACCCACUCACUGCUGGAAGGAGAGUCCAUCUCCUGCUUCGUCGUUGGGGGAGAGAAGCGGCUCUGCCUGCCCCAGGUUCUCAACUCUGUGCUCCGCGACUUCUCCCUGCAGCAGAUCAACACUGUGUGCGACGAGCUCUACGUUUACUGCUCACGAUGCGACGCAGAGCAGCUGCACAUCCUCAAGGUGCUAGGCAUUCUGCCGUUCAACGCACCUUCCUGUGGCCUCAUUACGCUGACAGAUGCACAACGGCUGUGCAACGCUUUACUGCGUCCAGGGGCGGCCUUGCCCGCUGACCCCAGCGGUAAACUGUCGACCCAGGGCCUGCUGAAGGAGAGCGAAGCCAGUUUCCAGGUGGAGCACCAGUGUCUGGGGAAGUGCCAGGGUCUCUUUGUGCCCCAGUUCUACACCCAGCCUGAGGCGCCGUGCAUCCAGUGCGUCGAGUGUCAGUUGCUCUUUUCACCACAGAAGUUUGUCAUGCAUUCACACAAGUCGCCAGAUAAGAGGACCUGCCACUGGGGCUUUGACUCGGCCAAGUGGCCCUGCUACCUGCAGCUUGCCAGGAAGUACCAAGGCAUGCCCGAGGAGCCAAAGCUCAAGCAGCUACUGGAUGAGGUCAAAGAGAAGUUCCACUACCAGCUCAAGAGGUCGCUGGACAAAAAGGCAGUGGAGGAGGAGGAGAGCCAUGUGAGGAAACCCUCAGCAGAUCUCUGCUCCCCCAGCAGCAAGUUGGCCGAAGCCGACCCCGCAAGAAAGGGGAAAACAUCUCCUCCUACUCUGGUGUUCAACCGUCUUUUCUCUGACAUCAAGGAGGAGCCAGGACACCCCACCCUGGUCCAUCCCAGUUACUACCUGUACACAUACGACAAGAUGGUGGCUCCCAACGUGUCUCUGCGGAGGGAGGCGGAGAUGAGCCCCGAGAUGUUCGGAGCUCUGCUCAAACACCACUACAGCCGCAGAGUGCUGGGCCACGACGAGCCGCCCAUGGAUCUUCACGCGUCGCCUCCCGUCGCUGCUGGCGCCGAGGAGGCCAAAUCCCAACGUGCCGCUGCUGCCUCGGCCACUGAGCGGGAAUGCCAAACCCAGGCAGUUUCCAUGGAGACAAGCAGCCUGAGCUGCAAGAAAGCCACCCACACCCCCGCCCACACCCCUCCUCCUCCACCUCCUCCUGCAUCGUUGUUGUCACCGGUAACGGAAGUACCGGCUAAGGACACGGGCUCUGCCACGAGCAGCGCUGUGGCGGUGGGGGGGCUGGAGGACGACAAGGACAGGAUUGUUGUGGAGAUCAUGCAGAUGUACAGCAGGCAGCAGGAGAAGCUCAACUCCACCUUGCACAAGCAGCUGCAGCUGGAAAUGGAGCUGGAGGCAGUGCGCGGGGGCGAGGCGGCGAGGCUACGGGAGCUGAGCGCCGAGCAGCGGGAGCUGCGCAGCGAGCUGGAGGCGGUGCACAGCGAGCAGGCGCGGCAGCUCAGCCAGGCCCGCCAGGAGCAGCUGGAGCUGGAGACCCGUCUGGAGCAGCUCCGACAGCAGGCCUGCGCCUGCGAGCCGGGGGCACAACGCCAGCAAGAGGCCCACUACACUGCACAGUUGUCGGAGCUACGUCAGCGGCUGGAGCGAGCGGAGGCGGACCGGCAGGAGCUGCAGGAGGAGCUGCGCAGGGAGCGUGAGGCGCGGGAAAAGCUGGAGCGCACAAUCAGCCAGCUCAAGCAGCAGAUGGUCCAGUCCGCCACGGUGGGAGGCAGCCCCUCUCCUCCUCUUACCCCUUCAACCGGACCCCCUAACGCCCACUCCCCGACCUCCUCCUUCUCAGAGGCCCCAGCGGCUGCCCAAAAGUAACUGCCACCCCCCCUCCUCCCUCCUCAGGCGCCUCCCUCAUUCUUCUCCCCGUCAGCCGCCAACUCUACAGACACAAACAAAUCAGCCUGAAGCAGAACGGAGCUCCACAGGCUGUUUUUAAGUUGUGCAUCUCACCCUCCCCUUUUUAUUUCAGUGUAGGACUUUUGUUUUUGUAAUUUAACAUCACUUAAAAGUUUUAUGUUGUUUUUUUUAUUCUUUCAUUUCCUUCCCCUUUCUUUAAACAGUAUUUAAAGAUUUUUGGGCAUGUAUGUUGGAUUUAAUUUAUAGUUUUUACUGAACAAACAGCUGCUUCACAGACGGGAGUUUGGUCGAGUCGAGACGAACUCAACCCUUCACUAUCUUCUCCCCCUUUUUUCUCCCAUCCCGUCUUGCUGUCUGGAUUCUGGAGCUAAUGACUUUCAGACUUCAGCUCGGACACACAGACUUCAUGCUACUACCUGGCGCAGCAGCCGGCGCCCUCGGACGCAUAUGGGUGCCCGGUUGCGUGCCCCCUUCUCUGUACGUACAGCCCAAACGCUCAAGUACCAGCGACUGCAGGAAACUGCAUGGACAUUUUUUUUUCUCCUUAUAAAACAGAAAGAAAAUCAUGUUAAAAAAAUCUAUAUGGAGGAAAAAGACCUUUGCUGUACAAAAAAAGACAUUUUGCAGAUGUCGUAAAACCUCAUGAAAAUAUGCCAAUAGUGACGCUGAACUUGAAAUGAGUGUUUUUGAGUGUGACCCCCCCGCCCCCCCAAGACAAGGUAGCUAGCUAGCAAAUGGCCUGGACCCCAGCUGCUCCUCACACAGACUCCUCUUCACUCUGCCGGGCAGCACCUGGACGCUCCUGUCCAAACAGUCUGUCCACCAGCUGCCCCGCGUCUCCUCCGCCCCGCCUCACACCCUCCGCCGCCGCACGUUAACGUCACCGCCCUCUGCUGGGAAGCUCCUAAACACUGUGGUUUUCACCCACUAUAGACGAGACAGGAAACACUGUGCUCUCUCCAGGCUCGGCAUGAAGAAGCUCACGAGCGGUGUUACGCACUUAACACGCUUUUCCUCCCCCAGAGCCCCCUGGGAAAGGAAUGUGUCUGGACACGGGGGCCGGUCGAGCCGGUGUAGCUUUUCUAAGAAAGAAAAAGCUGCGUUACCAUAAUACAUCCUUGCAUGCCCGCACACACUCGAGUGUGUUGAGGCAGAACAAUGGCCCCGGCGUUCCCAGCAGACGAUCAAAGCUGCGGCCUGUUUUCCGGGCUUCUCUUUUUGUAUCAUUUGACGGUUUUUAUCCUGUUUGUCAGAGCGUCAUCUAAGAAAUGUGGGUCGCAGGUGAAAGCAGUUAGGUUUGGGCCCUGCUUCACGUUAUUCUGCCUGGCUGAACAAACAGCUCCGUGGCAGGAAGAGGAAGAGAGGAUUGAGGGGAGCGCUCGGGGGUAGCGGUGCACUCUCCCCCUGCGGCAGGCUGGGUGGCCCAGACGCCAGGGGUACAGAGGGAGCGCUUUUUGUUUAGUGCCGUCAGAAUGGGGGCAGCUGUUGUUGUCUGUGGGCCUCCGCCUGCCCGCGGGUGAGACUGUACAGGAUCCCCUCCCUCCCUCGUCCUCUCCCACAAAACGACCACUCACACUCACCCGUCCAUCCAUCUCCAGUGCCACAUCAGCUGGGGGCGCGCAGCGUUUUGUAGACGCCCAGGAGAGCGAGCAGACGUCCAGCUGGAGGAAGAGAGGACUUUUAUUGUGUCGGUUGCCGGGCAAAAAGCGCUUUUUAUUGCCACUAAGGAGAUCCCUGUAAGCGAGUGUGUGUGUGCGUGCGUGCGUGUGUGUGUGUGUAAAUAAUUGUUUUAAAAAGAGAAAGGGGGAUCGGCCUCAGCUAAACUCUGAGCUUUUUUUUAUGCAUCUGCUAAAAAAUGCAAAUUGAUAGACAUUCCACUGUGCUCCAUCCUGUUCAAUGCAGAGUUUCUUACACAGCUUCCCUUUACAGAGACAGACCUUAGAGAGCGGGCAGAGGACAGUCGUGGUUUGUUGAUCGUCAUUGAAGCAGGUGCAGGUGCAAGCCAGUAAAAUCAAACCCACACCGCAAAUGUACACUCUACUGUUCCAUUUAUUGAAAUUAUGAAAGAAAAAUAUUUAACGUAUUAACUAAAGAUUUAUAUUCACUUUGUAAAUACAGUAGUCAUUAAUAUAUUAACUGUUCUUAUAUGAAAAAUCUUCAAAAGGUUAUAUAAAUUGGACCAGAACUAAGGCUUCAGAUGUUUUUUGCUUUCUUUUUUAAAAAGUCGAGUGGAUGUAGGGGAGUGAAACGCAUGGUUUACCGAGACAUGGUGAUGCAGGACAGACAAAAUAGGAAAAAUAAUACUUUGUUACACACUCUCCCCCCCUCUUUCUUCUGAAAUGAUGCAUUCGUUUUUUUGUGGAUUUCAUCUCGACAGACUGUUUAACGUGUAAUGUGAUGAGCUUUUUCCCUCUUUGUUAAUCUCCCCUCCUCCCCCGAGAUAAACUGAAAACAUUUAUUAAAGAAAAUGCAUUUUGGGAAGAAAAGAAAAGAAACAAAAAAAUUAUGAUUUUUUUGCAUGUUUUGAUGCCCCUUAUGUUUUGUGUCACCGGGCCAAUCUAUCAAUCUGUUCAUAGUUUAAAAAAAAAAAAGAAAAGAAAAGAUGUUUCCCCGUCACAUAACACACAAACUAUUGAGAUGGCUCAUAUGCAUGAACAUUGAACAUGUGCAAGUUUUAUAUCAUUAUUGGUUAAGAGGUUGGAUAAAUAUAAAGUCAGAUUAUAAAGAACAGAACAUGUAGCCUAAUUUGGAAAUUGUGUGUAUGUGCGUGUGCGAGACUGAGAAAGUGUGUGUGUGUGUGUGUGUGUGUGUGUGUGUGUGUGUGUGUGUUGGCCUCCCACGUCUGAGUGAAGCACAGCAACUUUGAAAAAGGGAAAGAGAAAAACUUGCUCAUGUAGCUCUGGAUGUGUAGUUCCGUUUUCUGAUCACGUAUCCUCGUCUGGAUGUGUAAACAUCACUCAAAAAGAUAAUCAGUAUUAGUUUCAUUGAAUUAAUUACCUCUUCAGCCAACAAAAAAACGAAAAAGAAAAAAAAAUCAUCACAUUAGCAGAUAAUGUUUACUCUAAUUUGUGUAUUUGCAUUUUAUACACAAGGGGGCAUCGUUUAGCUUCUAUAAUUAUACACCAUAAUAAAAAAAUGUAAAUGAUAGGGGAGAGAAAUCCCCUUUAAGACGGUUUGCUGGGCCUUUUUGCAUUUUGCAGUGUUAUGAGAACUUGGAUAUGCUUUGUACAGAAUUUUUACAGGUGUGACGUUUGCCCGACAGACAGGUGAAACGAGCAGACCACGUGGACACGUUUGAAUACAGGACUUAGAGAUUUACAUACCCGGCGCCUCCCGGCUCUGUGAGGAAAAGUAGUAAACAAAUCCAAGGUGACCUUUGAACUGUUUGAAUGCUUUGUAGUUGGGUGCCAGUAAUUAUUCUAUGCCAGUGUAAGGGACGCAGGAAGUACGGCUGCAUCGGUGAUUGAUGACACAGAUCGCUGGUUACUAAGAAUAGAUAUGUUUUAAUUUAUACACAUCCUGCUAUAGAUGGAAAAAAAAGAAAAUGGCUUUGCUAAACAGAACCCUUUUCCCCUCGAUGCUGUUCUGAAACAUGAAACACAGUGUCUGUGUUUGACCAUUGCAUACUACGUUGCCAAUACUACAGUGUGAUGAGACUUUUGUUCUUGCAUGAAUCGAGACACUGUUCUCCUACCUCAUGUUGUGAUAUAAAAAGAUGUUUUUUAAGCAGAAGACACUGCAUCUCUAACUGUUUAUCAUCAUUGAUAUUUACUAGUAAAGUACAUACCUGUAAAUGCUUUUAGCUAAUACCUCAGUUGUAUCUAGUGUUUGUUUUUUUUUCUGUUUUUGCCCUCCCCUGAUUUCAGAUCUUGUAAAUAUACCCUGUAUAGACAAUGAACUUGGAUCAAAUUCAAGUAAAGUUCUGUAGUGUCGAA